UAGCAUCUCGCAAUGCACGAAACGGACCAGAGAAUAACCUCUCUCUCUCUCUCUCUCUCUCUCUCUCCUGAUUCCCGGUUUCAAGGAAACUUCCUCUCUCCCAAGUAGUUUGACGUGAUUGCUACCUACUCUUGAAUAAAUGAACCCCUAUCUCAGUACCCCAUCCUAAUUGCGUUCACACCCUUUUGUUCUCACAUUUCGCUGUUCAUCUUCUCUACUCACCAUCUUCUCUACUCACCAUCUGUGUUUUCUUUUCCUUGCAAUCCUUGCAAGGAUUCGAUUUUAUUCAUCUUGCAGAGGUUUAGCACUUCGUAAUCGUUGCAGAACCAUGGAGAACAAAGGUGGGCGGCGACUCAAUGUCGAUACACAACCGUCUUAUCAGCUGGAGAUGUUCGAAAACAAAGGACACAUAUCCAUAUCUCAUUCUCAUCUUGAAAUGGGAAAACUUGAUGGACAAUUCGAGCAUGAAUUUGAGGAUGAGUGCUGUGUUGGCCCUUCCUCUCUUAUUAGGAAUAAUUCAUCCCCAGAGAUCGAAAACCACAAUGAAUCCUUCUCGAAUGCUGGCGAAAAAUGUAGCAUAAGCUACAUGAAGUAUAGAGCCUUCAGAAGCCUUAACAUAAUAUUAUUUUCAGCAAAGAUUAAUCUACUGAUGCCUUGUGGUCCUGCAGCUAUUGUUGUCAAGUGUUUGACUGGCCAACAUGGAUGGGUUUUCUUGCUAAGUUUGUUAGGCGUUGUACCUUUAGCUGAGCGCUUAGGAUUUGUUACUGAGCAGCUGGCUUUCUUCACUGGACCAACAGUUGGAGGCCUUCUCAAUGCCACAUUUGGAAAUGCAACAGAGUUAAUCAUAUCGAUUUAUGCACUUAAAAAAGGAAUGAUUCGGGUGGUUCAACAGUCAUUGCUGGGUUCCAUAUUAUCAAACAUGUUACUGGUUCUUGGAUGUGCAUUCUUCUGUGGAGGAAUAGUUUAUAAUAAGAAGGACCAGGUUUUCAAUAAGGCAGCUGUUACAGUGAACUCUGGAUUACUUCUAAUGGCAGUUAUGGGUCUACUAUUUCCAGCUGUUCUACACUUUACUCACACUGAAAUACAUCUUGGAAAGUCAGAAUUGGCCCUCUCAAGAUUUAGCAGUUGUGUCAUGCUCGUGGCGUAUACUUCAUAUAUUAUUUUCCAGUUAAGGGGUCAAAACAGGUCUUAUGAUGGUGAUACUGAGCAUGGAGAAAGCCAAAAGGAUGAGGAUGAAGAGGUUCAGAUUUCAAAGGGGGAAGCAAUUUUCUGGCUUGCCAUUGUUACCAUUUGGAUCUCGGUCCUCUCUGAAUACUUAGUUGAUGCCAUUGAGGGGGCUUCAAAGGCAUGGAAUAUGCCUAUUGCUUUUAUAAGUGUUAUUUUGCUUCCAAUAGUAGGAAAUGCUGCCGAACAUGCAAGUGCCAUUAUGUUUGCCAUGAAAGACAAACUAGACAUUUCUCUUGGAGUUGCAAUUGGUUCAUCUACACAGAUAUCAAUGUUUGGGAUUCCUUUCUGCGUGGUAAUAGGAUGGAUAAUGGAGAGGCAUAUGGACUUGAACUUUCAGCUUUUUGAGACAGCUGCACUAUUCAUAACAGUGCUAGUUGUUGCCUUCAUGUUGCAGGAUGGAACCUCUAACUACUUCAAAGGCGUGAUGCUUAUUCUCAGCUAUAUAAUCGUUGCAGCCAGCUUUUAUGUACAUGUUGAUCCUACCUCUGAGGAGAAUUCUCACAGAAAUUAGGAAAAUUUGAAGGAUUCUUUCAAGGGAAAGAAAAGGUUACGUGGAGACAUUCCGGACUACAAAUGUUAUCGCAGGAGAUCAUCUUGAUUUUGUUGUUGGUCUUGUAUAAGACAAUCUUCUUGCUGUAGUUUGGCUCCAGAAAAUAACUAGGUUAGUUUAGGAUGCAUUUAAAUGGUUUCUUCAAUUAAAUCUCUAUAAGAUUUGUAAUGACCAUUGUCCUUCUCCUAUUGUUCUUUUAUCUACUUUUGUGGUGUUGAUUCCUGAA